CCUCCUCUCUUCGCCCUCCCCCUCCACCGCCUCGCCGGCUUGAUCUGUUGAUCUCUUCAUUUGACAUUUUGGAAACUAAUUUUUCGCGACAACGACUGAAAAUGGUUAUCUGAAGAAAGGCUCUUUCUUUUACAAGUACAUGUCAAGUAAAAGUUUUUGAGAAAAACUAAGUAAAGGCAGUUUUCCCGUUUAACUAUUACCAUUAGGGUUACCUGUUGCUUUGACUGCUUUGACAGACAUGUCAGAAUUUGAUAGUACGAGUGCAACCUCAAACACUGAGUGCCAGGAAGUUAUGUCUGCAUUCAUCUCUUUCCUUCAAAAUCUAAAUGAAAACGAGUGGCUCUCUCAAUCCUCUAAGGAAGAGAUAAAAAGCUGUUUGCACUCUGCAAGAAACAUUGAAAAAAUUUUAGACGGAUUAAAAACUAAUGGUUCCUUAGAAGCCUUCGUAAAUCUACUUCCAAAUUUGUAUGGGUAUAAUGUUGACCAAAUCUGCAACGCAUGCGAUAUCACUCUUAGGAUGGUUCUAACUGCGAGUGGUGUACCACUUCCAUGUGUGCGAACAUGUAUUGAUGAGUACCUCAAACUUUGUGGAUCGGAAAGAUUUGAAAAUGUUUUGGCCUCUGUUAUAUUCUCUUCAGAAAUAUACCGUGUACUUUUAGACUUCAUUGCCACUACUGAUAAUGACUUUGAAAGUCAUCAAAUCAACUUGCAAAGCCAUCUGUUUAGAAAUUUAUGGAAAACUGAGACACAUACACAGAACUUAACAGAUAAGUUUUACAAAUGGUUGAAGACAGACUUAUCUGGGAAGAAUAUUGCCGUAUCUCUGCAGGUUGUUUAUUCUGAAGACGGCAGGAGUCACGUCAGCUUUAGUCUUGUCAGUGCACUUGUCAAAGUACUUCAAGAAAGAGGUGACACAGCAGCAUUGUUUUGGAGAAUUUUUACCCAUUAUCCUAAUGGUAGGAAAGCUAUGUUUAAGUCCAAUAAGCUCUUGAAUAGUCUUUUAGAUUUUUUUAUAACAAGUUCAAAAUGGAUGGAAACAACUGAUUCUUUCUCUUGGACUUCAAAAGAACAAGGCCCUUGCAAAGUGUUCGGAUUUGAAGAGCUGUUAAAGGCACUCAAUAACUUGGUAGAACUCGGAGGAUCUGUGAGUGAAAGGGUGGAUCAUUUUUUGUCCGAGAGAAGGAACAGUGCAGGUUGCACAUUUUGGGAUGAUGUUGAAAUGCGAUUGACAAGGUAGAUUGGUUUUAAUAGUGUAUUUGAAUGAUUUUCAAUGUUCUUACAACAAUCCACAGAAGAAAAAAUUAAUACCAUUCACACAUCAAUAAGUUAACACUGCAGCACCAAUUAUAUUUUUUAAGUAGGAGAAAAUAGUUACGGUGGCAUCAGAGUUACUCAACUGAUUGGUACCUCUGAAAAAUUAUAAUACAUUUUCCAUACAAUUUGAUACAAAUCAUGUUAAUAAAGGAAACUGUUAACAGUCAA